AUGGUUUCUGCCAAGAAGGUACCCGCGAUCGCGACGUCCUUCGGGGCCAGUUUCGCCCUCCUGCACUUCCUGUGCCUGGCGGCUUGUUUAAACGAAUCCCCAGGACAGAACCAAAAGGAGGAGAAAUUAUGCCCGGAAAAUUUUACCCGCAUCCUGGACAGUUUACUCGAUGGUUAUGACAACAGGCUGCGUCCUGGAUUUGGGGGUCCUGUUACAGAAGUGAAAACUGACAUAUAUGUCACUAGCUUUGGACCUGUUUCUGAUGUUGAAAUGGAAUACACAAUGGAUGUGUUCUUCAGACAGACAUGGAUUGACAAAAGACUAAAAUAUGAUGGCCCCAUUGAAAUUCUGAGAUUGAACAAUAUGAUGGUAACAAAAGUAUGGACUCCUGAUACUUUCUUCCGGAAUGGAAAGAAAUCUGUCUCACAUAAUAUGACAGCUCCAAAUAAGCUUUUUAGAAUUAUGAGAAAUGGCACUAUUUUAUACACAAUGAGACUCACCAUAAGUGCAGAGUGUCCCAUGAGAUUGGUGGAUUUCCCCAUGGAUGGUCAUGCAUGCCCUUUGAAAUUUGGGAGUUAUGCCUAUCCGAAGAGUGAGAUGAUUUAUACGUGGACAAAAGGUCCUGAGAAAUCAGUAGAAGUUCCAAAGGAGUCUUCCAGCUUAGUUCAGUAUGACUUGAUUGGGCAAACUGUAUCAAGUGAAACUAUCAAAUCCAUCACGGGUGAAUAUAUCGUUAUGACGGUUUACUUUCACCUCAGACGGAAGAUGGGUUAUUUUAUGAUUCAGACGUACAUUCCAUGUAUUAUGACAGUAAUUCUUUCUCAAGUUUCAUUCUGGAUAAAUAAGGAAUCAGUUCCAGCUAGGACUGUAUUCGGAAUAACCACAGUCCUCACCAUGACCACACUGAGCAUCAGUGCACGGCAUUCUUUGCCCAAAGUGUCCUAUGCGACUGCCAUGGAUUGGUUCAUAGCUGUCUGCUUUGCUUUUGUGUUUUCGGCCCUUAUUGAGUUUGCUGCUGUCAACUACUUUACCAAUGUUCAAACGGAGAAAGCCAAAAGGAAGACAUCAAAAGCCCCCCAGGAAAUUCCAGCUGCUCCAGUGCUGAGAGAAAAGCAUCCUGAAGCACCUCUGCAGAACUCAAAUGCCAAUCUGAACAUGAGAAAAAGAGCCAAUGCCUUGGUUCACUCUGAGUCUGAUGUUGGCAACAGAACUGAGGUGGGAAACCAUUCGAGCAAGUCUUCCACGGUUGUUCAAGGAUCUUCUGAAGCCACACCACAGUCUUACUUAGCUUCCAGUCCAAACCCAUUCAGCCAGGCAAAUGCAGCUGAAACUAUAUCUGCCGCAAGAGCAAUUCCAUCUCCUCCUCCUUCUACUCCUGGUAGAACUGGGUACGUGCCCCGACAAGUUCCAGUUGGAUCUGCUUCUACCCAGCAUGUGUUUGGAUCAAGACUGGAGCGGAUUAAGACCACAGUUAAUAACAUAGGGGCUUCUGGGAAGUUGUCAGCCACUACUGCUCCCUUGGCUCCACCACCUUCUGGAUCUGGCACAAGUAAAAUAGACAAAUAUGCCCGCAUUCUCUUUCCAGUAACAUUUGGGGCUUUUAAUAUGGUCUAUUGGGUUGUUUACUUAUCUAAGGACACUAUGGAGAAAUCAGAAAGUCUAAUGUAA